AUGUAUGGAACGUGGGGCGGUGAUGAGUAUUGGAACUCUGGUGGAUCCACUCAACAAGCACUUCAGCAACAAGCAAAGCCACUCUAUGAUCCAGUUGGCAUCUAUAAUCACACUUAUAUGAACAAUAUGAAACAACUGGCUGCUCAAUGGGCUGAGAACUCAAAUCCAUUUGGCUACAACUCGUUACAAUCAGCCGCAUCAUCAGCUUUUCCAUCAGAGCGUACCGUCGCAACCCUCUCACAGCCUGUAUUCCCUUGGAUGAAAAUGUCCGGGAGCAAAAAUGGUGAAUCAAAAAGAACUCGACAGACCUAUUCAAGGAAUCAGACUCUCGAACUUGAAAAGGAAUUUCAUUUUAACAAAUACUUGACAAGGAAAAGAAGACAAGAAAUCUCAGAGAGUCUUCAACUCACUGAAAGACAGGUCAAGAUUUGGUUUCAAAAUCGCCGCAUGAAACACAAAAAGGAAACAAAAGGAGAAGGAGCAUUGGAUCAAGAAAGUGAAGGAGAAGAAGAUCAAGAAAGAUGUACACAAGAAAUACAAGAAGCAAAUAAUACAAGAACAAAGAAGAGUCCAUCAACAAAUCACAAUGCCGGCAAUCAUUCGCCCAAUAUUAAUCAU